AAAUUAGAUACAUUAUUUGUAUUUUAAAGCGUUUCAUAAUCGACUAAUAACGACAACUAAACAUACUCACGCUGAGAAAUUCAGUAAUGGGAACAACACUCCUCUGAAAAAAGGGAUAAUUAAAAAAAGUAAUGUAAUUUAAAUAAAAAGAAAAAAGAAAAAAGAAAAGACUGGAUGCAAUGUUAGAGAGUGAAAGAGAGAGGGGGUAGGUGUGGGAUUGACCGAACCUCCUCCUUCACGCACACACCAUCACCUCAAAGACUUGUCUGUUCCAUUUACUCUUCAAAUUGCAUAACCACCAACUAAUAUAUAAACCCUUUAACCCCUCACUUUCUUCUCUCAGCUUGAGGUUCCCUUCUUCAAGCUUAGAGACACGUAGAGAGACCCAGCAAGCAAAUUCAAUAACCUAAUUCAUUUCCCAUUUCAACACCUUUGAUUCUUGUUAAUUCCAAUUAAGUCCAAAUAAUAUGCAGACCCUCACUCAACCCUAUUCCUUCAACUAUCUCAACCGGGCGCGUAACCCAACCAUUCGACCUGCCCCGACCCGAAUUGUCGUCAAAUGCGGUUACGGGUUCGAAUCCGCGGGUUUCUCGCAAGGAUUCGGCUCAAGCCGAGCCGAUUGGCAAAGCUCGUGCGCCAUCUUAGCUAGUAAAGUCGUUUCGCAGCAGGAAGAUUCUCCCGCCGGCGAAACACACAGCGGCGCAGACGUCGGCACCGUCAACGGCCACAAAACCUCCGUAACGGAUCUCAAUCUCGUGCCUAUUAAUAUCAGCGGUAACGACAACAAGCCGGUUCUGCCGACCCCGCUCACCAUCUCCGACCUCUCGCCGGCGCCGAUGCACGGCUCGCAAUUGCGCGUGGCGUAUCAAGGCGUUCCCGGCGCGUACUCCGAGGCCGCCGCCGGCAAGGCGUAUCCUAACAGCCAAGCCAUUCCGUGCGACCAGUUCGAGGUGGCGUUUCAGGCGGUGGAGCUCUGGAUCGCCGAUCGAGCCGUUCUCCCGGUGGAAAACUCCCUCGGCGGCUCGAUCCACCGGAACUACGACCUCCUCCUCCGGCACCGACUCCACAUCGUCGGCGAAGUCCAGCUCCCGGUGCACCACUGCCUCCUCGCUCUCCCCGGCGUCCGCAAGGAGUUCCUCACGCGCGUGAUUUCGCAUCCGCAAGCCCUAGCACAGUGCGAACACUCGCUCACGAAACUCGGUCUCAACGCGGCACGCGAGGCCGUCGACGACACCGCCGGCGCCGCCGAGUACGUGGCCGCGAACAAACUCCUCGACACGGCGGCAAUCGCUAGCGCACGCGCGGCGGAGCUCUAUGGGCUUCAGGUUCUGGCGGAUGGGAUCCAAGACGACCCGAAUAACGUGACCCGAUUCGUUAUGUUGGCCCGAGAACCCAUUAUUCCGCGCACGGAUCGGCCGUUUAAAACGAGCAUCGUGUUCGCGCACGAUAAGGGAACUUCGGUUUUGUUUAAAGUGCUUUCGGCGUUUGCGUUUAGGAACAUUAGCCUUACGAAGAUCGAGUCGAGGCCUCAUCGUAACCGUCCGAUUCGGGUCGUUGAUGAUGAAAGCGAGGGAACCGCUAAGCACUUCGAGUACAUAUUUUAUAUUGAUUUUGAGGCUUCUAUGGCUGAGGUUAGGGCACAGAACGCACUUGCUGAGGUGCAAGAAUUCACCUCUUUCUUGCGAGUUUUGGGCAGUUACCCUAUGGAUAUGACACCGUGGAAUCCUUCUUGUUAAUUUUUAAUCUGCAUUAUCUUAUCCUUCAUUCUCGUAUUUUAUUAAUUUGUGAACAAAAUUGAACAUAUCGUUUCAAUUCCCUUUUACGGUAUAUAUUUUCUUCUUUGGAUUUGGUUGCUUCAGAUUUUUAGUUCACUUUUUUUUUUCUCCAAGUUUUCAUAGGAAUAGAAUUUGUUACAGAAGGGGGUUGUUGGGUUAUUCAAGAGAGGGUAUGUACAUUGUACUUUAGAGUGGGUAUUGCAGAUUUUGAUCACAAAAUGGUGUUAAUGUUUCG